CUAACCCUCCCGUCCUCGCCGUUCGCAUUUCCUCCUCUUCCCCUUCCUCUCCGAGACUCCGACGGCGAUCGUGGUCGCCGGCGGCCGUGAUGCAGGACCCGAUCGCUUCUCAAGUCGCGGGAGGUGAAGCGAACCCUCCGUCCUUAGCCUACCUCGAGCCCUUCGCGAGACUCGUCAAACUGGUUGGGCGUGCCUUCUACGGCGAGAUUGGGUUUAAGGGUGAUGCUUUGACCACCUGCUCGGACUCGGAGAACGCUGGCAUAGCCGUGGUUAUCCUGGACGCCCUUACCAGAUACCAGUGGGUGGAAGAAGAUAUGUUGGCAAGAUCACUUAAGAUCACUAAAAAGAGAUGCCUCGCAAUCCUUCGCCACUUUGAAGCUGAGAGAUUCUUGAGAAGGAAGAAACAGUCAAUUACAGUAGACCGGGCAGUAGCAGCAGCUGUUGCUCCUGAUACAAAUACUUUCAGAUUCUAUUGCUGCUUAGAUUAUCCCAAGAUAUGUGAUAUCAUAAGGUUCAAGUUAAAUGGCAUGAAGGAAAAGCUUAAGUGUCGAUUGGGUGGUGUAAAAGAAGUCCAGGCUUUCAUAUGCCUGGACUGUCAAAGAAGGUACUCAUCAUUUGAUGUAAUGCAUCUUUCGAGCAUUGAAGACUACUUCCGAUGCGAGAAUUGCUCAGGAAAAGUACUGGAGGAAAUUGAUGUGGAAUUAAGUGAGACGGCUGGGGAUGGAAGAAAGAGAAGGAGGACUGCAGUGGUGGAUUUGCUCAGAAGAAUGGAGGUUCAGUUAGCACCCCUGGUGUCCCAGCUCGAUUCGAUACAGAAGUUGGGUAUUCCUGAGUUCCCAUAUCUGGACGUGGAUGAGAACAAUGCAGUGCAUAAUGAUCUGUCAUCGAGCAGUGCACAAGGCGCUGUCAGGUUCCUUGAGGAGACCACGGUCGAUAAAGCAGAUGCAAAAGUUACAGAGUUAAAAAUCCUGCCAGAGUGGAUGAUUAAAGAUGGCAUGAUAAGCAAAAACUCUUCAAUUGAUGACGUCUCAGUUCCCGACAAGGACAUUCAGGAAGCAUUUGCGAAAGCAUAUCGUGAGGCCGUGAACAAAGUAUUAGCUCAGAAGUAGCGAGGAUGAAUGGAUUGACAUGCAGCUGGAAAAGGGUCAAGGAUGCCUCUGUUGUUUUCAAUUGUGAAUAUUGUUGGGAAGCUGACCGACGGAUGGACAUGAAAGAACCUUUUUUUAGAUUAAUCCACUGCUUUAUUAACCAGUAGUAGACCAGUAAUAGAGUUCGUGUCUGACUGGACAGCGCCAGUCAGAAAGUCGGGAAUUACAUCAAAACGUAAAGAAAGUCUGCUACUUAACACACGUUUCGCACAAAGAUGUGCCGGCCAGUCUGCUCCCCCGAACACAUGUACUCCUUCCUGCAAGGUUUAGCUGUCUGUCAUCUUUCCAUAGCACUGUUGGCACUUGGCAGUCCACUUGCAGUUCUACCUUGCAUAACCCCGCGGCUUUGCCCUCAAGGCCUUCUCUGCAACUCUGCAAGCCAACAGCUCACUGAUGAACAUUGAAAGAGCCUGUUGACAUGAUGCCUCUGCUAUUUCAGUUUUGCUCGAUUUGCAUUUUCUGUACUUCUCAUCUGAUUCACGGAUGCAUACGGCUAAGAGUUGAAAGCUGACAUGCCCGCUGACUGAAAUGUGUAUUUACAACUGUAUUAGUGGACUGACAGAUGAUGUCCUAGCUAUACUGAUAGCUGUAUAACGAUUGACGAAUACAAAUUAAGAUGCUGGAGUGCUCCUUUUUGUUAGUCUAAGAGCUCGCUUC